CAGAGUUUCUCUUUCGUGCAUUAGCAGCUCACUUCCGGUAUGGCCUUGUGAAUGUGGCCCCCGCCUCGUGCGCGUGCUCAGUGCAACGGUUUCCCGUUGGCGGUGAGGUCGGCAGUACGGAUUUCCUCCUGUCACUGAUGGUUACACCGUGCAGUAGGUAGCAACAUUGCUAACAGUUCAGGUUCAUUUACUGCUCAACAGAAAUGAUGGGCAGUAAAUUUAGUACGAUUGCACUCGGCGUCAGCGGGGCCUUGUUUGUCGGGUACUGUAUAUAUUUCGACAGGAAACGAAGAAGUGAUCCUAACUUCAAAAAAAGACUGCGUGAACGUAGGAGAAAGCAGAAAAUUGCUCAGGAAAAGUCUGGGCUGGCCAGGCUGCCAGAUCUCAAGGAUCCAGGGGCUGUGCAGCAGUUCUUCCUUGAUGAGAUUCAGCUUGGGGAGGAGUUGCUAGCUCAGGGAGACUAUGAGAAUGGUGUGGACCACUUGACCAAUGCCAUUGCUGUGUGUGGCCAGCCACAGCAGCUCCUGCAGGUGCUCCAGCAGACUUUACCUCCACCUGUCUUCCAGAUGCUUAUCACCAAAGUACCCACCAUCAGCCAGCGGGUAGUAAGUGCACAGAGCUUGGCUGAAGAUGAUGUUGAAUGAGAAUGUGAUGAACAUGAGGUUUUAGUUUGCUGGUUAUCGUGGCCUAGCAGCGGAGUUUCGCCAUAGACAACUGCAAAUCCUCUGAAGUGCUGCUGUGAAGUCUGUCUCUUUAUGUUUAUUUGUUUGUUUUUUUUAUUUUCUAUACUGCACAUUCUCAAUUAUUGGUUGAUAAACUUUCUGUCCCCUGCAUUUUUAUUCUGAUGGCCUAAAAUGUCUUGACUAGACAAGCCUUUAUUUAAAAUGAAUUAUGUAUUUAUUGAUAGGCAGAGGCUGACACACACACACACACACACUCAAGAGACCUUAUGUGAUGUCACUUUUUCUUAUGGUUUAAAAACAGUAACUAUUGUUCAUUACUUAUGUAUUGUUCGAAGAACAAAGGUUAUUCUACUUUAUCUGAAUCAUAGUAUCUUUUUCAAAGCUCUUUUCUAUGUAGUCCUAAAAUAAAGGUUAAUGUGAAAAGUAGUGUUCUUUUUCAGUGUAUACUGUGUAUUUGAGUCAAGUCACAAUAGUUACACAUUUACAGUUUCUCAUUUUCAGUGAGGUGUUUCACAUACGAAUGUUUGCCAUGUGUCUUUAUGAACACUACAUUCAGGAUAUGUUUUAAAAUAUUCUCUUGUGAUGCAGUGUUCUGCCAGUGGGAGGCAGUAAUAUAAAAGAAAAUCUCCACCAAGUAGACUUUCUGGGGCAAUGUGGGAAGUUGUUUUUAUUCCUUGAUGGACAGCUGAACUGCAACUCCUUCAGACAGUAACAGUGUGCAGUCAACAUAAGUCAAUAUUUGAACCUAAAUCCUGUGAAAACACCAGUCUCCAAAGAUAUGGGAUUUAAAGUACGCAUUAAUGCUUGAGAAACUUUUAAAUCGAACCAUUCUGUAUUUACAGGGCCAUGUGAUUUGUUUCUUUGACUUUUUGUUAGUUUAAAUAUAAGGCACUUUCUUUCCAUGCGUUAAACGGAAAUGGUCAAGUGUACGUGAAAUGUUUCUUUUAAUAAACAUGUUGGUCUAGGGCUGGACAAUAUAUUUAUCGUUGUGAUAACGUCAGUAUUUUAAGAACACUGACAGACUGCAUGUUUCAUCAAAAAGAACAUAGUCAUUUUCAGUUGUAUGUAGUGCAGUUUAUUAAAAUUAAACACUUGUUAUUUAGAUCUAGCACAGCUGGUAUAUAUAUUUUCCAAAGUAUCAAACCUCAUAAAAAUGACAUUUGUUAUACAUAAUGUAUAUUGUAAAAAUGUAUAUAUGUUUGCCACAUAUCCCACCCCUUAAACAUUCUGGCCUCACACACUGCAAUUCUCUAGACAGUACAGAGCCAGUACGUUUGUCAUAGUUGCUAUUUAUAGUGUUUAUUGCAUUAAAACCUGAAAGAUGGAAAAGAACAAAGUUUGGCCAUCUUUUCUCUUCUCCAGAGAGCUGGAAAUCGUUUUAGCUUCCUCUUCCUCCUGUGUUGCCAGUAGGUUGAUGCUUUUGGGUUUCAGUUGCCAACAUGGAAUUUGGCACAGGUAGUGAACCGAACUGUAUGCCACACAAAACUACCAGAAGGGAAACAACUGAAACCCCGUUUCUGGCCUUCUGUGUCCACUUCUGCUGUGAAUUUCCAGGAAUAAAACUAUAAACCGAUUUAAA